AUGAUCGCUGGGACCACGUUGCGCGGCAUGUUCGAGCAGCGCUUGAAGGAGGCAAUCAAGCAGGCAGAGGACCAAGACGGUAAACUGAUCCUCUUCAUCGACGAGAUGCAUAUGCUUAUUGGCGCAGGCGACCGAAUGGGCAGCGCUGACGCUGCUAACAUCCUCAAGCCGGCGUUGGCCCGAGGUCGCCUCCGUUGCGUGGGUGCUACCACCUCUCAGGAGUAUUACAAGUACAUUGAGCGGGAUGGCGCGCUUGAGCGGCGCUUCCAGAAGGUUGAAGUCGGAGAGCCGAGCAUGCAAGCCACCCUCGUCAUCCUGCGUGGACUCAAGCACAAGUACCAAGAGCACCAUGGCUUGAACAUCGAUGACGAGGCACUUGUUGCUGCUGUCGAGCUCGCUGCCCAUUAUAUUACAGGUCGCAAGUUCCCUGACAAAGCAAUUGAUCUCAUGGAUGAGGCAUGCACUAUGGUAAAGUUGGGUGUCAGCAAACAAAGAGAAACAAAUGCACCGGGGGAGAUUGUGAGCCGGUGGACUGGAAUUCCUAUCACUACACUUGGUCAAGAGGAGGAAAAGCUGACCCAUCUAAUAGACAGACUUCAUGAGCGAGUUGUUGGUCAGAAUGAAGCGGUUACCAUGGUUGCACAAGCAGUGCUACGUUCUAGGGUCGGCAUUGAUAAAUCUGGUCAACCCAUAUGUUCUUUCCUCUUUUUGGGCUCCAUGGGUGUUGGAAAGACAACACUUGCUAAAGCUCUUGCCGAUAAGCUAUUUAAUAAUGAGAAAAUGUUAGUUCGUUUUGAUAUGUCUGAAUAUGCUGAGAGUGGAUCUUUGUCACGUCUCAUUGGAGGACCUCGAAGCUAUGAAGAAGAGGGACAACUCACUGAGAUAGUCAGGCGCCAGCCAUAUAGUGUCAUCCUCUUUGAGGAGGUGGAUAAGGCAAAUCCUUCGAUACUCAAAGUUUUUGUUCAACUCCUCAAUGAUGGUAUGCUCGUUGAUGGCAAAGGACGAGACGUGGAUUUUAAGAAUACAAUCAUUAUUAUGAGUUCAAAUCUAGGAUCAGGGCACCUAUCAGCUGAAGUGGUAGGAGAAAACGCAAUGGAAAAUGCACGCGAUCUUCUCAUGAAACAGGCUAGGAAACAUUUCAAGCCUGAUCUUAUCAACAGACUGAGCGAAAUUGCGAUAUUUGAGCCGCUUUCAUGCAACGAACUGAGGAAAAUUGUGAUGAUCCAAAUGAAGAGUAUCAUCGCUAUGAUGGCUAAUAAGUGUGUUUCUCUAACUGUGGCGAAUGCUGCCUUGGAAGUCAUUUUGUCCGAAACACAUGACGUGGUGCACGGUGCGAGGCCUAUAAAGAUGUGGGUACAAAAGCAUGUGACGACAAUUCUUUCAAAUAUGUUCGUCAAUGGAGAAGCAUGUAAAGGUUCAACGGUCUCCAUAGAUUCUAGUGACGAUAAGAGGCGGUUGAAGUUCCAAGUAUUGAAGAAGCAGGAGAUGGCAGAUCCAUUAGGCCUGCUACAAGUCAUGUUGUAA